GGAGGGGGACGGUGUUUGGGGACGGACCGCCACACCCUUACCCUUGCAGUUGGGCCCGUGAACAGCUUCAACCGCGGCGGGAAGUCGAAGAGCCGGGUCGGCUGCGUGGUUGUCUUUACCCGGUUGGCGUCAUGGAAUUGUACAUCCGACUGCCUGACGAAGCGCGGUCGAUCCCGCCUCCCUCGUUGGCCAACGUGGGCUCCCUCUGGGGGGCCUUCAUGGGCUGGACUGGCGCCUUGCUAGACAACGGCCUCAACAAGAAGCCGAUCCUGGCAGCGGGGGUCCAUCGCCAAAUCCUGUGGGCAUCAGUUGGCUUUUAUAUAGGCUAUUACCUUCGUAAACGAGCCAAUUACAAUUUUGCCAGGAAGGACAGAGAACUUUCGGAGUAUAUGAAGCAGCAUCCUGAGGACUUUAAGGAAAAAGAUAAGAAAACCAUGGCAGAAGUUCUGGAGACUUUCUAUCCUGUUCGCUGAAGACUUUGCAUGCAGCUGCAGUCUUGUUCAGUGCUGUGUGUCCCCCAGCUCCACUCCUGAGCAUGGAAUUUGUUCAUAAUGUGAUUUAAACAUAUAGACUGUAAUCUUAUUAAAGCAAUGACUAAGUGAAGAA